CAGGAGGGGACCGGGGCCUCGCCAAGUUUGUCGGGACCUUCUUCCGAGGCAGCGGCGCCGGCAGCCAGGGAGGCCAGGGCUGCGCGCGGGCCGGGGGCGGGGGCUGGGGCCGGGCCCGGGGCGGCAGGGCCGGCGCCUCUGCUCUGCUCCUGCUCCUGCUGCAGCCGCUGCUCCCACUGCGGCCGUGACCCCACUCUGCGCGGCUGUCCGCGCCGCGCGCCCGCCUUGCCCGCCGCUCCGGGGCCCAUGUACUGGAAGCAUGAGAGCGCCGCCCCGGCACUGCCCGAGGGCUGCCGGCUGCCGGCCGAGGGUGGCCCGGCCACCGACCAGGUGAUGGCCCAGCCAGGGUCCGGCUGCAAAGCGACCACCCGCUGCCUUGAAGGGACUGCGCCUCCCGCCAUGGCUCAGUCGGACGCCGAGGCCCUCGCAGGCACUCUGGACAAGGACGAGGGUCGGGCCUCCCCAUGCACACCCAGCACACCGUCUGUGUGCUCGCCGCCCUCUGCCGCCUCCUCCGUGCCGUCUGCCGGCAAGAACAUCUGCUCCAGCUGUGGCCUGGAGAUCCUGGACCGGUAUCUGCUCAAGGUCAACAACCUCAUCUGGCACGUGCGGUGCCUCGAGUGCUCCGUGUGUCGCACGUCGCUGAGACAGCAGAACAGCUGCUACAUCAAGAACAAGGAAAUCUUCUGCAAGAUGGACUACUUCAGCCGAUUUGGGACCAAGUGCGCCCGCUGCGGCCGACAGAUCUACGCCAGCGACUGGGUGCGGCGGGCGCGCGGCAACGCCUACCACCUGGCCUGCUUCGCCUGCUUCUCGUGCAAACGCCAGCUGUCUACCGGCGAGGAGUUCGGCCUGGUGGAGGAGAAGGUUCUGUGCCGCAUCCACUACGACACCAUGAUCGAGAACCUCAAGAGGGCCGCCGAGAACGGGAACGGCCUCACGUUGGAGGGGGCAGUGCCCUCGGAACAGGACAGCCAGCCCAAGCCGGCCAAGCGCGCGCGAACCUCCUUCACCGCCGAGCAGUUGCAGGUGAUGCAGGCGCAAUUCGCGCAGGACAACAAUCCCGACGCGCAGACGCUGCAGAAGCUGGCGGACAUGACGGGCCUCAGCCGAAGGGUCAUCCAGGUGGGGGCCAGGGGGCGGGGGGCCGGGGGCCGGGGCCCUCAAGGGGGGAGCCCGGGCCCCCUUCCGGGGGGGGCGCGCGGCGAACCCUUUUUCCCCCCGGGGGGCCGAAGGCUUUCAGAGGGCUGUUCUUUUCCAGGGUGUGGGAUCCUGCGUUGGAGCCUGGGGGAUGGGCUCCAAGGCAUGCUCUUGUCCACAGGUCAGGUACAGUGCGGGCAGGUGCACUGCCGGCUGCCUUACACCGCGCCCCCCGUCCACCUCAAAGCCGAUAUGGAUGGGCCGCUCUCCAACCGGGGUGAGAAGGUCAUCCUUUUCCAGUAUUAACACUGCCGGCACUUCCGCCUCUGUCCGUGGGCACCUCCCAGCCGGCCCUCAGCCGCUGAGAUCCAGUGUCCAGAGCCUUGGCCAGGGAUCCACCUGCCUCUGCAUCCACGCCGCCCGCCGUCCCGCCCGCCGCCAGCCCGGCCCCCCACGCCUGGCCUUGCCCUCUCCUGCUGAGAGCCAGAUCCCACCAGGAGCACAGUCCUCUCGGCAGCCAGACCUCCCCACAGCCUGUGUUUCCCAUUUACACAGGAGUCGUCUUCAAGUGAAGCCCAACGUGAUAGCAGAAGGCAGAACUGAAUCGUGCGACGCCAGCAGCCUUCCAGUCCACAGGUUUUCUUCCCCUGCCCCCACGCCUUUAUUUGCGAUUCCUUGGACUGGUCUCGAAUUCUGAAUUGCCGACAACCCCCAAUGUCCGCGCCACUUUGUUGCUUUUGUCUGGAAAAUUCUACAGUGCUUGUGGGAUGUCCCCAAAGGAAAGCUAUGUUCUAAUUUUAUCAUUUCCAUCUGUCUGGUUACGUCAAGUUAAUUCAGAAAGAGAAGAGACACUGACCAACCCUGAGAGGCCCAACAGGGCAGAGAUGGGGGCCUGCCCAGACCAAGAGGUGGGGGUGGGGGCAGGAGACCCCACUGGUUUGGAGAUGGGGGCGAGGGCAUGGCUCAUGGCUGGGGAGAGGAGGCACUACAGCCGUUUCAAGGGGAGGAAGGAGAAGACUCAGGGUGUUGGGGGGAGACCCUCCCCUCACCCAAUUUCCUAGCACAUAAGCAUGGGAGACAUAGCAGAGGUGGUAUUGGCUCUGAGCAAUGUCUCUCUGGAAUGUUCACGCAGGGUAACAUUGGGGACUGUUGUUGGCUACUUGUUCAUGCCUGAUAGGGGUGCCUAGGCCAGGUCUUCUCUGGGGGGGGUAGCACUCAAGGGGGCCAGGGCACAGAACCCAAUGAAAUGGUGGUCAGAGUGGGGAGAAGGUACCCACUGCCUAGGUGAGUGUGCAAUACCCAGGAUCCCAGCUGGCACCUCUGGGCAUCCCCACCAGCACCCCUGCCCGCCUCCCCUCCCCCGCCCAGAGGCAGCUUCACCCACCCCUGAGAACAGAGGCCAGGCACAGCUGUGCUCACACCCACCCAUCCUGCUGCAGCUCUUCCACUCCAAACAAAAGGGCUGGGGCUGCACACUGCCACGAAUAUGUUUUCAGAGAUGCCCACGCAGUCCCAAGCGUGUCCUGAGGCAUUUCCCACUGGAGGCUGCUGGUCAGCGUGUUGUGGCCCGAGUCGUCCUUCCUGCUGCGGUUAACGGGAUGCGUUGCUUUUGGAAGGAGCCGAGGACGGGGAAGGCAAGCCAUGGCACACAGGCAGCUCUCGUCCCUGUUCUUGCCCGUGGCUGACAUCGCUCGUGGAUUGCAGCACUCUGUCUCAGUCUCACGGAGUCUGGACGUGGUCUCAGGAACGAGGUGCUUGGCGUCGGCACACAGAGGAGGACCUGUAUGCCAUUCUUGCUCUGGGACCUGGAGGAGGGUUAGGCCCAGGUGCGGCUCAAGAAGGGAAACUGCUUCCCCCCCUUUCCAAAGAUGGUGACAGCUGACUGACGGCAGAGAAGGCACCACCCACAACACGGCAGGUGCAGCUCCAUCCAGAACUCAUCCCGCAGCGACUUGUGCCCAGCCCUGUGCCGGGUGCUACAUGAACGAUUCCUGGCUUUGGAGAGCUCAGAUCUUUCCAAUUUUUUUUUUUUUUUCCUCCUGACGGUCCAAGUCCCAGUCACACUGGCUGAGCCCUGUCCAGGGUCACCCAGCCCCCACUCUGCCUUGAGCCUGCCCUCCAGGGUCUAGUCAUUGCGUGGAUCACAUGGCCAUAGCAUGUUGCAGCCGAAACGUCUCCACCUCCCUGCUAAGAGCAGCCUGAGAACAUACAGGCCAUCAAGACUAUUUAUUUAAAUAUGAAAGGGGAAAACACACACGCGGAAAAAAAAAAAUGUAAGCACUUUUUUUUUUGUAAAACCAAUGUCUGUUUUGUUACAUACCUUUCAUGUCGUGCUUUGUAAAUGUCUUAUUUGUGUAAUAAAUAAAGUUAAUGCAAGUAGAAGUGCUGGCACUUAAA